AUGCAAGGGGGAACGGAGCCGCACCCUGUGUACAGGAAGAUGGUGGAUCUGCGGCUACUCUGCGAGCAGGAGAUCCGUAACCACCGGCAGAAGGCAGACGACGCUGCUGGUGCAUUCCGGCGUGCUCUCCUCUCGAUCAGGGCCAGGGCGGAAGAGAACAUCGCGGACCGAGGUACUUAGGCUUUUUGCUUACUACUUGUCAUAAACCCUCUUUUAGCAGACAGGGGUACCCGCAAACGACGUGAAGGAGCUCAACCGAGCAACUAGAUAGAAUCAAGACAAAAUUUGCAUUUCGUUUGUUUCUGAGAAAGACAUUUUGAAAUAAGACACUUGGAACUUAAAAUCUGAUGGGUUCAGAAUGGAGCGGAUGGAUUUUUACUAUGCUUUCGGACGAGGUGUUCGUUGAAUUCUUUGUUAGGUUUUUUAUGGUCGGUGGCAAUUUGAUGCGUAGGUUGUUAGAAGUUGGUUUUUAUGUCUACUUGUUUCCUUUCUCCUUUCCCUCCCUGUUCGCGCGAAUCUACAACAUUAGAACUAUGUGGCUUGUUUUCUGUUCUUUAAAGUUCUCUGCGUUCACUAGUUGGGGUGUCAGUAUUCACUUUUUGCGGUAUACGAUGACUUUAUCAUCGUUCAACUGGCAUAUACGCCUAUUCUUGACCCAUUGUUGCAUGGGUUGGAAACUGAGACUAGUUUCAAGCUACUAUAGAUUCAGAUCAAUUAUGUUCCUCUUUGAGUCUCUACUACUAUGCUGGUUGAUUAACUCUUCAGACGGUGCUUUUUAUGCUUUCAUGCAGUAGUUUGUCUUUUCGAUUCCAAUUAAUGUUGCUCUAAUUUUAUUUUAUGAUUUUUAGUUACAAAUUCUUGAUUUUAUAGAGGCAUUUUGAUUUCUUUUCAAGGCACUGAAUUGAUUUUCUUGUCAACUACAGUAAAUGCUUAUUUAAUUGUUGUUUAUUUAUAAUUGCAGAAAAGCUUGCUGAUACCAAGCUGUAUUUGAAAGAAUUAGAAGAUGAUUUGAGGGAAGCUCUCAUAGGUAUUGACAAAUUUCUCUCUUUUCUAACUUUGAUGACAUUAGCCAUUCUUAACUCUAUGUUUUCUGGAGAAUUCGUAUCGUGAUGUUGUAUCAAAUAGUGUGCAAAUCUCAAUAUUUUGUUGUUGCAGUGGUGCGGCUGUUAUCUUAUGUGCAAUGUGAAUAGAACAAAAUUAAAUAUAUGCCUGAUCAUAACUAUGCCCUAUGCCACCACUAUACUCAUCCUGACUCUGGAGUGAAGCCUAUGAUGAAGCUUUGCAGUUAUAUCUUCGCUUGCCGUUGUAAUUCCAGGUUAAUAGAACAAAAAUAUUUAGGGUCUGAGGUAACUUUGAUGUAAUAGUGAGAUGACUCGUAAGGAUGUGUUGAAUCUAGUAAAAUAUAUUUUUUCCAUGGUAUACUCUUACGGUAGUAUUUUUGUAGUAUUUUUUUCUCAGUUAUUAAUUUCUUUUUACAAGUAGCCUUAUGUUGCCUUAGGGCCUACCACUGAGGAUCCCUUCCUGUGUGACACACGUGAGAUGUUUUUCAGUAUUGCUAGUAUUUCGACUAGCACAUUUUGAUCCCCAUUAAUCAUUUCGUCAUCCUCAUCUCUUAUAUUUUCUUUGCUAUAUCGUCACAUUUUGAUUUUUCUCAAAACAAGGCAUGCUGAAUUUUCUCCUUCUGGUACGGAUUGCCUAAAAGAUUCUAUAAUCAAUCCUUCUGUUGUAGUCUGAACCGCAAACGCUGUGUCUUGUUUCGCCUCUUUAAAAGCUAUUUUUCCUGUGUAGUAACAGCUAGUCUGGUCGUCUUCAGUUAUAUCUUCCUCCUUUGAUUUUAUCUUUUUUAUUUACCCUUCACGCUCCAAAUUUUACUCAGAAUUUCCACCAAUUAGAAAGUUUUAGAUUCACGCUUCUAAUAUGUGGGAGUUUGUUUCCACUUGUUUGGUAUUACAGAAAUAAUCAAAAUAAUUAUAGAAAACAUAAAAACUGUGAUAACCAUAGACUGAUUUCAAUACUGUUGAGUUGACUCGUACAAGUUAGCUUGAGUCUGAGGUCAGCGACCAGUAUCCUAAAUGAAAAAUAAAGCAAGAAAAAUGUCUAGAUACAGCUGAUUUUAGAAUAAUUUAAGAUUUAGAGAAGUUCCAUUGUUGAUACGUUGGAUGCUACGAAUAUAAAAUAGAAAUCAAGGAGAGAAUAUAACGUAGAUGUGUACCCUCUAAAGUACUUUUUCCGUUUUGCUCCAAUGCACACUCUUCCAGAGUAAAUAAACUAAAGUAUUAAUUUAUUAAUAUCAUCCUGCCGCAGAUGUGUGAAUAGAGUCUUCCGAAGUUAUCUCCUCUUAUAAAAAUUCUACUUAUCAGGGACAAGGUGUAUGUGUAUAUACGGGAAUGGGCUUUGCUUACCGACUCCACACGGGUCUUUUGUUAAUUAAUAACCAUACUUCUUGACAAGUAUGUCCUGGCUGUCAAAAUACAGAUCAAAUUUGUUUGAACUUCAACAUACAUGUAUGCCCUUUGUUGAUGCUCACAGAAAUGUCUCAAUUGGUCUUAGUUGUCUGAAAUUAAGAUGUCAGGCUAAAUUUGUUUUGUAGUGAAAAGCUGCAAAGAAGCAAGGCACGUAGUGACUGUUGAAUCUCUCUCUACUGCCAAAGCUAGAACAGAAGAUCUCAGAAAGACGGUGGAGAAACAAAGAUCGAGAAAGGUUGAAUAUGAAUCAAUAGUAUCACUGGGUAAUCUCUUUGUCUAUUUUGGCAUUAUGGCAAACAAAAAUCUGAGUUACACAUGAACUAGUUAUUUCACUAGCACUAUUUAUUAUAUCUAAAUUCCUGUGUAGCUUUAUGCAAUUCCUUGUGUAGGUUCGGACUCAAGGUUGGCUGCAAAGGAGAUCCCGUUAAUCACAUCAAUACUCGGAUUUUAGUACUGACCUUAUGCUUGUAGCAAGAGACUGUUCAUUUCGCUUUGUGAAUCCAAAGUAUCUUGUAUCCAUAUAGUUCGACUGCAGUAAUAUUAUCAGUUUAUUUUUGAACCAUGCAUAUCCAUACAGAGAACCUAACAGGGACAUUGAGUGUCAUCUGUUUUAUUUCUAGUUUUCGUCAAUGACGCUUUGGUUGCUUCGGUUUUAAGAUUGUCCAGUGAACUGGGCGUAUUACUUUGUGGUCUGAGGCUUCCCUUCAGGUUGAAGGAGGUGAUCACUUGUUUUAUAUCAGGUUAAACAUUCUUCAGGAAGGCUUGUCAUUAACAGCAAUUGAAGGCAGAGGGCAAUUCAUCCAAUUACAUGAAUGGCUUAUGGGAAGGUCUUGGAACAUAGAAUUCAGUUCAUUCACUAGGAUUGCCAUUUCAGAAUUGCAAUCCCUUAGGGCUAGUUCAUUAAUUCUGUGAGAAGUGAGAAAAGGAAUGUAGCAGCAAUGACCUAAAAUUAUUUCAACAAGAGCUUUUAAAUGCAGCGUAGGCUCCAGGGCUGAUACUACAUAAUGAACUGGGUUCUCCAGACUCAGUGUAAUUGCUAAAUUUAAUAGUCGGUACAUAAAUUGUAAUUCAGACAGUAAGUAGGUAGUAUUUAUAGAUCAGUUCACUGAAAUUAUUAUAGAACUUGUUUUAAUAGUGCCUGAUGAGUUUUCUGGACUCUUAUUUGAAAUAGCUGGUUUUCUCAUUGUUUCAGAUGUUUCAGAUGCUUCAUCUAUGAUCAAGUUUACUCAUUAAUGACGACUAACAGAUUGGUUUUCUCUUUCUCAUUGUUUAUGACUUGAUUGGUUUGUCUUUUUCGGUAUAACUGUUCUGUUUGUACCUGAUUGCUGGUUGAUGAUAGAGACUUCUUUCUCUAUCCUGGGAUCAACUAACAUAAUCCUCUUUCAGAAAAUUUGCUGCAAAUAUGUAUUUUGCCUAUUCUUUUCUACUUUUGUUACUUUCUUUGACAAUGGUUCUCAUUUCUCUUUUUUUCUUCCCUGUAAGCUAUGGAAGCACUGAAUCAAGAUAAUUCCAAAGAUGUUGAUACUGAAGGUACAGAAGAAGCCAUUUUAUGGUACACAAAAGUACUUGGUUUUCGAAUAGAAGGAGGGGAAGGUACAUGAACAUUAACCUAACUUUUUUUUACGAAUUUUACGACUCAGCUUAAAUUUCUCCGGCUUUUCUUUCUCAUGUAGGAGUCAAAUUCAUUUUUGAUAAAAUUGACUUGGAAAACCCGGAUAAGGAGUACUCAUUCACCAUUCGGCUUAAUGGCGAUACUUAUACCUGUAAGUGUGGUCAUGUGUUGUACUGGGUCGGUGAAAUGUUUGGGCGCUUUAAUCAUUUUCUGUUAGCUUCUUUGUCCCUUUGUUUUCUUUUGCAUCGGAUUGUGAAAUAUAAUAUUUUCGUACAUUCAGUGUUGCAGUGUGACCCAUCUGUGGAAGAUGCCAAAGUUUUGCUCAAUGAAUUGAACCAAACGAAUGGGUUGUUUAAGUUUGUGAGAGCUAUGAGAAAAAAAUUUCAAGCUUCUGCAGAUAAUGGUAUAAGCCUCUUCCCAGCUAUUGUACUAAGGCAGUAAUAUGUGCGUUAUGGUUCAAUUGUGGGGCCCUGUUUACAUAUUAACACGUUACAUUCAAAUAAUUUUCUUGCAUUUCAGUUAGGGGUAUGAAUAGGCUGGGUAGAACCCGACAAAGCCUGGACUCUGACUGACCUCAUUGAUGAUUGGGCUCCAGUUGACCCAGCUAGCCACAUACCAAGCAGUUACUAUUGUCAGGAGAGUAACCAUGCGGGGUUUUGCCAAGAAGGAUGCUUUUUUUUUUGUGCUGACAGAAGGGUCUAGGCCAAAACUAAAUCGACAGUAUUAACCAUGUGCUACACCUUGUAGCUUGUGGUGGGAUGCGUGAUCUCCCCUUUACUAGCUGUGGAUUCAACAUUACUUGAGAAUGCUUUAUCCAGUAUAUCUCUUCUGCCCAUAUUCUGUUGCUCAUUGAUAAAUGCCGCCUGUCAGUGUUCUUUCAGUGGCGUGUGAGAUCUGCUGUUUGAUCUGUUCUCUGGGUUCAUUGUGUUGGAUGCUUAUUUCUUUCAGCAUCUCCUCUUUAUCACAUUUUGAUAAGCUGUUGAGCAUUAUCAUUGCCAUUUCCUUUGUGGUAUAUUAUUCCUUCUUCAGUCAAGGUUUUGGCAAUCUGUAAUCUGCGUGCUGUUUAUGUCUCAUUGGGCAGGCAUUUUACCGGCAACUAGUACUGUUCAUUCGGAAUUGUCUACCGACUCGAUAUCAUCGCCUCCAGCUUCAGCUGAUCAUGGUAGAAGUGACUUUUCAAAUUUACAGAGUGAUUCUGAGGCUGUCCUCAGAGGAAAGAAGCAUCAUUCUCGUAAGGAAGCUAAUCAUGGCUAUUCUGCUCGACGAGCCAGCCAAUCAAAAUCAGUCGACGCCCUCCGUCGAUCUCCACGUCGAAAGGUAAAUCGAUUUUUACUGUGUCUCGUCUUUCGUGAAGAUCCAAGCAAAAGCUUACAGAGGAAAAAGUCAACCCUUAUGGAUAUUAGAUGUGUUUUCGGGAGAUGGGGAGCUAGGCAUUUGUCAUGACUCUGUCAUGGUCGUCACCUACAUAGGGAAAUUAAAGUGUUAGGAUGUUACAUGAGUGUAGGAAAAUUUACUAAAGUUAGAAAUCAUUCAUUAUUGGGUAG